AUGUUAUCAAUUGAUUCAUAUAAACCUGUUGAUUAUAUUAUGGAUAAAGAAAAUAUUAAACCUCCAAUGGUGACAAUAAAUGUUAGUGGAUGUCGAUAUGAAACACGAUUAUCUACUCUUGAAAAUUAUCCUGAUACACUUUUAGGUAAUGAAUAUAAAAGAAAAUCUUAUUGGAAUAAUCAACGUCAAGAAUAUUUUUUUGAUCGUCAUCGAACUUGUUUCGAAUCAAUAUUAUAUUAUUAUCAAUCAAAUGGAGAUCUUAUUAGACCAAACUCUAUUUCAUUAGAUAUAUUUCUUAAGGAAAUAUCUUUUUUUCAAUUAGGUCAACAUGCAUAUGAUCAAGUUAAACAAUCAGAAAAUAUAACUGAAAUAAUAAUUCCACUUAUGCCAAAACAACAUUGGCGUAAACGACUUUGGUGUCUUAUGGAAUAUCCUCAAAGUUCAUUAUUAGCUACAUUAAUCACAAUAAUAUCAAUGAUAGUAACAUUUCUUUCUUGUCUUACUUUGGCUUUUCAAACAUUACCUAUAUUCGCCGGUUAUUCAUUAAAUGCUUGUCUUCAACAAUCUAAUUUAUCUUCAAAUACAACAUUUAUUCCAAUAUGUUCAGACAUAUUUAAUUCACCAUUUUUUAUAAUUCAAACAAUAUGUGUUGGAUAUUUUAUAAUAGAAUUUCUUAUUCGUUUAAUAAGCACUCCAUCUUAUAAACGUUUUUUUACGUCCAUUUUAACAUAUAUUGAUUUAUCAGCUAUUAUUCCUUACUUUGUCUAUUUAGGUUAUGCAAUAAAUAGUUCAUUUAUUCAUAUUGAUUCAAAGACAAUAAUCGCUAUUAAUAUAUUACUUAUAUUACGUUUAUUUCGUAUAUUAAAAUUAUUUGUUAUAUUUAAAUAUUUAAAAGCGUUACAUACACUUGGUAUAGCAAUAAAAGAAUCAUUUGCUGAUUUUCUUGGAACAUUUUCUGGUAUUAUUCUUUUGGCAUUUCUAUUUGGAUCAGCAUGUUAUGUUGCUGAAGUUCAAGAUAAUGGAGCUGUAUUUGAUUCAAUUCCAAAAUCAUUAUAUUGGGCUAUUAUUACAAUAAUGACUGUUGGAUAUGGAGAUAUGUAUCCAAUAACAACUGCUGGACGUAUAAUAGCUUGUGGAUGUGCAUUAACUGGUGCAGCUACAAUUGGUAUGCUUAUUUCAGUUCUAGUCGAUCGUUAUCAACGUAUUUUUAAUCGAAAGACUUAUUUAAUCAAUGAUAAUAUGUCAUCGAUUGAAUUAAUUGAUACAAAUAAUAAAUCAAUAUAUUGUAAAGAUAAUAUUAAUGAUCAAUUACUCAUCAAUGAACAAUUAUCUAUUGAACAAACAAUAAAUAGAAUAUUAAAUAAUAAUAACCAAACAAAUAUUUAUCAACAAUACUAG